CCUCCCCAGCCCCACACAGGCCGAGACCUGGAAAUGAAAGUGAAGGGAAGAAAAAAAGAGAGACACAUGGGAGGAAGUUGCAGCCGGGCAACAAGAAGCGCUAAACUAGAGGGUUCCCUGUAAGCAGCCGGGAUUCAGGAGGGGAAUUCUAUGUGCUGCUCAUUGUGUGCGGCGAGAGAACAGUAACAGCCCGGUGGUUCUUAUGGCAAGGCAGAAGCGUAAGGAAGACAUUGAGAAAGGCCUGCAGUUUAUCCAGUCUACAAUACCUUUUCAUGGAAGUCAUGCUGAUUAUGAGCAUUUCUUGCAGCAGUUGGUCAGGAACCUGUUUGCAGAGGGCAAUGACCUGUAUCGUGAUGGAGACGCCAAGCUGGCUCUGGGCCAGUACACAGAAGGCCUGACGGUGGCUGAGUAUGCUGUGUCUGAAGAGCUAACCAUCCCAGAAGAGCUGCUUUCCAAGCUGUGCGUGAACCGUUCCUGCUGCUAUUUUACUAUGGGGCUGUAUGAAAAAUCACUGGAAGAUAGUGAGAGUGCUCUGAACCAUGACAAGGAGAAUAUGAGAGCUUUGUACCGCAAAGCCAAAGCCCUGGACCAACUGGGACGCCAUCAAGAAGCUUAUGGGUGCAUUAGUGACAAACUGUUGGCGCUGGUGCAAGAUGAGAGUGUAACAGAGCUGGCACAGGAGCUUGUGCAAAAAUUAGGAUUAAAGCAACGCAAGGCAUAUAAAAGGCCACAGCAAGAGCUAGAAUCAGUUGGUUUCCUUAGCAAUGGUACAUCUACCUCCACUAGUAGCCAGGCAUCCUCUAAUAGCCUAGGAUCAUUAGAUGAUAUUGAUGUAGGCAGUGACCUUCACAUUGAAGGGCUGAAGGCAGCUGGUUCUCCACCCUCUACUGGAUUUCCAUCAGCAGCCGGUUCCUUGAAUGACUUUGCAGACUGUGACAUCAUUGGGGAUGAGCUGGACUCUUUCCUGGAUGCAGGAAUAUUACCGACAUCCAUUCCACCCAACCAAGUGCCCCCAUUAAUACCAGUGUACACCACUGGCUCCACUUUGCUUUCCUCUCUUGGAAACAAUGUACUCCCAGCCCCAUCCCCAUUACCUCCAGCCUCUUUUGGUCUGCUGGAUUCGCAGAAGCUGACCAGGCACUGUGACAAACCAGGCUACAACUCAAAUCUUCUCAGGCUGGUAGAGCCCCGUCUGGACGCCCUGGACAGCUUUGAGGGCAUUAGGGAGCCAAUGGACUGUCUGGACACCUUUCCGAAUGAGCCCAAACAUUUGUUAUCCCCUUCAGCAAAAACAAGCCAGAAGCACAAGCCUGGGGUGAACAACAUAAACCACAUAAAGAUGGAUGCUGCUGUGCUUCAUGCAAGAGCGCUACUACCAACUCCACUUGCCAAUCCUCUGGCACACACCUAUGAUUUUAAACAGGCAUGUCAUCAGUGCUUCGUAAAGACAGGUCCCAAAGCUUUGGACUAUGCUCACAGGGAGAAGCUAGAGCACAAGUGUAAAAGGAACAUAUUGCUGGCCAGACAGAAGACCUCCGAAAAUAAGACUUGGCUCAGGAUUCGCCCGCGACCACCGAAAGUUACUGGCCCCUAUGUCCUCUGCAAAGAUAUUCAGACACGCCAGGACUGUAAAUACAGAGAAGACUGCACUUUUGCAUACUAUCAGGAAGAGAUAGAUGUGUGGAAUGAAGAGAGGAAGUUAACUUUGCGCCGUGACCAGCUUUUUCUGCUCCCGUCAGGGGUGAAGGCUGGCACUGUGACCUGGUUACUGCAGGAGCAUAAAGGCAUAUUUAUCUUCUUAUGCCAGGCCUGCUUUGACAGUAAGCCUCGGGUCAUUAGCAAGAAAAGUCAGGAGAAUCCAAGUGUUUGCACUAAACAGCACUAUUUUCUUGAUAACAAGUGUCUGGUCCAUGUGUAUAACUGUGACACCAUUAAAUAUUCCAAAAUCCGCCCACUUCAGUCCCAUUAUCAUAUGGAUUUGUGCCGCCAUGAGAUGCAGUAUGGCUGCCUACAGGAAGACACCUGUAGCUUUGCACACAGUCAUGUGGAGCUGAAUGUAUGGAUUCUACAAAGACAGUCUGGGACUACACAAGAGGAAAUUGUGCAGGAGUCUGAGCAGGAUUGGAAAGUGCCUGAAACUAAAGGAAGAGCCCUUCCAAAAUGCCUGGACAUGAAGAUGAAGUUUGUCUGUAGCCAGUGUCUGAGCACUGGACAGCACAUAGAAUCGGACCGGGAUGGAAAAUACUGCGCGGCUAAAGCUAGGCACAGUUGGACCAAAGAGAAGCGAGUUCUGCUUGUGAUGUCAAAGGCAAAGAAAAAGUGGGUUUCUGCAAGACCUCUGCCAUCCAUCCGCCAGUUCCCACAGCACUAUGAGAUCUGCAUCCAUGUACAGAAUGGGAAGAAGUGCCAGUAUUCUGGGAACUGCACCUUUGCCCACAGCACAGAAGAAAAAGAUGUGUGGACAUUUAUGAAAGACAACAAAGUGCUUGACCUUCAGCUGGUUUUUGACUUGUGUCAGAAGAACAACUGCCCACCCGAAAAGGCUGAGAAGGGGGCAUCAGGCUCGCAGAAGGAGACCGAGAAGCAGAUUCUGAUGCCCACAGAUUAUGCUGAUCUGAUGGCUGGUUUCCACUGUUAUUUGUGUGGGAAAAACAGCAAUAGUGAGCGUCAGUGGCAGAAGCACAUCAGGUCGGAGAAACACAAAGACAGAGUGUUUACUACAGAGAGUGAGGACACCACCUGGAAGUUUCGCUUCCCAGCCGGCGAGUUCAAACUCUGUGAUAGGUUUGAGGAGACCAAGGACUGCCCCCAUGAAAGCAACUGUCAGUUUGCACAUGGUCAGGAAGAACUAGAUGAGUGGCUGAAGAGAAGGGACGUACUCCUGCAGAAGGUUUCCAAAGCUCGGAAAGACAUGCUCCUGGAGCCUACCGACUCAGACUUUGGCAAAUACACCUUUCUGUUAAAGGAUGUGGCAUGAGCUAUGCAGGGACAGAGAAUGAAUACACCUUGGAGUCCAUCUGAAAGAUAACAGAAAUGCCUGUAUGUUCCAUCAUACCUACCAAAUUUGUUACCCCUGCAGAGCCAGCUCCAGCCCUUAUUCCAGAUGUUCUGUUUCAUAGUCUCAUGUUUUAUGUAAAAGCAGGUGUAAUUUUUCACUUCAUUUAAAAUGUGUUCUUUAAAGGAUAAGUAAAUGAAUGUAAAAUUAAUGACAGUAUUGUUGCAUUAUUAUUUUUUUUAAUUCCAGGAUAUUAAGAGAUACAUAAAUUGUUAAUAUGAAUGAAUUUUGUUACAACAGCACCACCUGCUGUUCAGUUUCUCACCAUGAAGCAGUUGAGGAAGUUGUCAGAUGAAAGAAAGAGGACAAGUCUGAUGUUCCUCUGGUUAGGAAAGACCAGUUAUGAGACGUUAUCUGAGGUUUCUUAUGAUUUCCUUGAUCAGCAGAACAUCAGAUCAGUAUUUCUUCUUUCACCAAAUUCCUAGACUACUUCAUGAUCAGAAACUGAAUGGAAACUGUAACAAAAUAUAUUUAUAUUACCAGUACAUGUAUCCCAUAAUAUCCUAGAAUCUUAUAAAUAUAAAUCAAUAUAAAUUGCAAAAGUGCUUGGAACAGCACUCUCAUCAAUUUUACACUAUUUUAAAAGUUUACUUAUCCUAGAAAUACCCCCCCCACACACACACACGCACACACACACACACACACACACACACACACGCACUCUUAGCUUAUUUACAUUAUGGAAAGUAGCCAUUGCCUGGUGGCCUGGAAGAUUCUUUCAAAGCAGCUCUCCAAGCCUCACUUCCAAAGACUUCUGGGAAACAGCAAAAUGGCAGAUCAGUAUCUUGUUGGACCAUAUUCUAGUCUUAACUAAUCCCAGCAUUAACUUGUAAUUUCAUGUUUUUGGAAAGUGAUUUAUUUUUGGACGCUGCUGUUGUCAUUGCUAUCCUAGCAAGAAAUUGAAUUAGUAAUAAUUAGUCUGUGUUUAGCACCCAUAGAUUCAUAGAUAUUCUAUUAUUUAACACUUUGGGUACUGACGUUAUGGAAUUACACUGAAAAUCUGCUGCUUAACAGUGAAUCUGAAUGAAAUUUUGAAUGUGUUGAGCUGAGAGGCAGCUCAUUGUACAGAGAUUGUAGCUGUAAAGUCACCCAUUGCUGCCAAGGUGUUAUGUUUUACCUUUUGAUGUUAUCAUGCAUUCAUUUCCCAUUUCAGAUGGCUGCCUUCUAUGCAGAGAAUGACGCUUUCUGGAUGUUGUGUGUUUUCUAUGAAGAUUUAAUUGCAGUAUUAUAUAUAUAUAGUGUGGACAAGUUAUGAUUGGGGUGGGGUAGGUCUCAAAACAAGAUGAAUUUCAAGAACUUCGUAAAAUCAAUGUGCACUAUAAUAAGUUAUUGUUUAGAAAAAGCACAUCUUGGGUAAAAAAAAAGUCAGCUGUCGUCAGCCCAGUUUAAUUCAUUGGUUAAAGAACUAGUAACACAAAAAUGAAAAUAAGUCAUUUUAAUUAAUGAAGCAGUUAUUUCUCUGCUGUACAAGUAGAGCUUUUUCCACUGGAGCAGUACUCCUCAUUUGUAUUCUAGAGCGUUUGCUCACAGACAACUUUUAACUUGCCAAACAAAGCCCACGCCCAGGCUGCUGGUUUCAGUGGAGCCUUAGGUAAUGCAUAUUUGUGAUGUGGGUCAGAGACCUCUAAAAAAAGGGGAUUUUAAAAUACAAAGCUUCUGUGUUACUUAGAAAUAAAGCUGCAUGUUUGCAAGUGCAGACCAACCAAGUAUUACAUUGAAUUGCAUAUAUGGCAUUUUCAUUUUCUGGUGUUACUGGCCCUUUAACAGAAAAACAAUAAAUUUGUUGGAUUGGGCAUUUAGCUCUGCUAAACUGUGUAUCUCUUAUUGUAUGGAAAAGAAGUAAAAGCAUUGUUUAUGCACAGGAGUACUGAAUAUACCAACCAAGAUACA